CCACCAGCAGGGGCGCUGUUGUCUCCUUACAUACCCAUAAGCGGAGGAGUGAGAGGUGCAUGAAAUGGAGAAAAAUGGCGGAUCAUGUGCAGGGCCUUGCCCAGCUGGAGAUCCUGUGUAAACAGCUGUAUGAGACCACCGACACAGCCGUGCGACACCAGGCAGAGAAAGCUCUGGUGGAGUUCACCAACAGCCCCGACUGUCUCAGUAAAUGUCAGCUGCUGCUGGAGAGAGGCAGUUCUUCUUAUUCUCAGUUGCUCGCCGCCACUUGUUUAUCUAAACUGGUGUCUCGGACCAGUAACCCUUUACCCCUUGAGCAACGCAUCGACAUUCGGAACUAUGUGUUGAAUUACCUGGCAACACGGCCGAAGUUAGCAGCAUUUGUGACCCAGGCUCUGAUCCAGCUGUAUGCCCGGAUCACCAAACUGGGCUGGUUCGACUGUCAGAAAGACGACUACGUCUUUAGAAAUGUCAUCGCUGAUGUUACGCGAUUCCUGCAGGACAGCGUGGAGCAUUGCAUCAUAGGUGUCACCAUCCUGUCCCAGCUGACGAACGAGAUAAAUCAGGCCGACACCACGCAUCCGCUGACCAAACAUAGGAAGAUCGCGUCAUCGUUCAGAGACUCCUCGCUCUUCGACAUCUUCACACUUUCCUGCAACCUCCUCAAACAGGCUUCAGGGAAGAACCUGAACCUGAACGAUGAGUCGCAGCACGGCCUGCUGAUGCAGCUACUCAAGCUCAGCUACAAUUGCCUCAACUUUGACUUUAUAGGAACUUCCACAGACGAGUCAUCAGAUGACCUUUGCACUGUACAGAUUCCAACAUCAUGGAGAUCAGCGUUUCUCGAUUCCUCCACCCUGCAGCUGUUUUUCAAUUUAUAUCAUUCCCUCCCUCCAUCCCUGUCCCCGCUGGUGCUGUCCUGUUUAGUUCAGAUCGCCUCUGUCAGGCGGUCUCUCUUCAACAAUGCAGAGCGAGCAAAGUUUCUCUCCCAUCUGGUGGAUGGCGUGAAGAGGAUAUUGGCGAACCCGCAGUGUCUGCCGGAUCCCAACAACUACCACGAGUUCUGCCGCCUGUUGGCGAGGCUGAAGAGUAACUACCAGCUGGGGGAACUGGUCAAAGUGGAGAACUACCCAGAGGUGAUCCGUCUCAUUGCCAACUUCACCGUCACCAGCCUGCAGCACUGGGAGUUUGCCCCCAACAGUGUCCACUACCUGCUGAGUCUGUGGCAGCGCCUGGCAGCGUCUGUCCCCUACGUCAAAGCCACCGAGCCCCACCUGCUGGAGACCUACACCCCAGAGGUGACCAAGGCCUACAUCACGUCGCGGCUAGAGUCAGUCCAUGUCAUCCUCAGAGACGGCUUAGAGGACCCUCUGGAUGACGCCGGGCUGGUGCAGCAGCAGUUGGACCAGCUGUCCACCAUCGGCCGGUGUGAAUACGAGAAGACGUGUGCUCUGCUGGUGCAGCUGUUUGACCAGGCGGCUCAGACCUACCAGGAGCUGCUGCAGUCCACCAACUCCAGCGCUGCAGACGUCACCGUGCAGGAGGGUCGGUUGACAUGGUUGGUCUAUAUAAUCGGUGCUGUGAUCGGUGGACGGGUGUCGUUUGCCAGUACGGAUGAGCAGGAUGCCAUGGAUGGAGAGUUGGUCUGCCGGGUUCUGCAGCUGAUGAACCUGACGGACUCCCGGCUGGCUCAGGCAGGCAACGAGAGGCUAGAGCUGGCCAUGCUCAGCUUCUUCGAACAGUUCCGAAAGAUCUACAUUGGCGACCAGGUGCAGAAAUCCUCAAAGCUUUAUCGACGAUUAUCAGAAGUUCUGGGGCUGAACGAUGAGACGAUGGUACUCAGCGUCUUUAUAGGGAAAAUCAUUACAAACUUGAAGUACUGGGGCCAGUGUGAGCCGAUCACGUCCAAAACACUCCAGCUGCUGAACGACCUCUCCUUAGGAUACAGCAGCGUGAGGAAGCUGGUGAAGCUCAGCGCUGUCCAGUUCAUGCUGAACAACCACACCAGUGAGCAUUUCUCCUUCCUGGGCGUGAACAACCAGUCCAACCUGAGCGACAUGCGCUGUCGGACCACCUUCUACACGGCCCUGGGUCGCCUGCUCAUGGUCGAUCUGGGUGAGGACGAGGACCAGUUUGAACAGUUCAUGUUACCUCUGACCGCUGCGUUUGAGGCUGUGGCUCAGAUGCUGAGUACGAACACAUUCAACGAGCAGGAAGCCAAGAGGACUUUGGUGGGUUUGGUGCGAGACCUCCGAGGCAUCGCAUUUGCCUUCAACGCCAAGACAAGUUUCAUGAUGCUAUUCGACUGGAUAUACCCAACGUACAUGCCCAUCCUGCAGCGGGCCAUCGAGCUGUGGUACCACGACCCGGCCUGCACCACUCCUGUCCUUAAGCUGAUGGCAGAGCUCGUUCAUAACAGAUCGCAGCGGCUUCAGUUUGACGUAUCGUCACCAAAUGGGAUCCUGCUGUUCAGGGAAACCAGCAAGAUGAUCACCACAUAUGGGAACCGGAUCCUGACGCUGGGCGAGGUUCCUAAGGACCAGGUCUACGGCGUCAAGCUGAAGGGCGUCAGCGUGUGCUUCGCCAUGCUCAAGGCCGUGCUCAGCGGAAACUACGUCAACUUCGGGGUCUUCCGUCUCUAUGGCGACGACGCUCUGGACAACGCCUUGCAAACCUUCAUCAAACUACUGCUCUCCAUCCCUCACAGUGACUUACUAGAUUACCCGAAGCUCAGCCAGUCCUUCUACUCCCUGCUGGAGGUUCUGACUCAGGAUCACAUGAACUUCAUCGCCAGUUUAGAGCCGCACGUCGUCAUGUACAUCCUGUCGUCGAUAUCAGAAGGCCUCACGGCGCUGGAUACGAUGGUGUGCACCGGCUGCUGCUCCAGUUUGGACCACAUAGUCACCUACCUGUUCAAGCAGCUCUCACGCUCCACCAAAAAGAGGCCUGCUCCCAUGGCAACAGACGACCGCUUCCUGCAUAUUAUGCAGCAGCAUCCGGAGAUGAUCCAACAGAUGCUGUCCACCGUGUUGAACAUCAUCAUCUUCGAGGACUGCAGGAAUCAGUGGUCCAUGUCCCGGCCGCUGCUGGGCCUCAUCCUGCUCAAUGAGAAGUAUUUCGCUGACCUGAGGAACAGCAUCGUCAGCAGCCAGCCUCCUGAGAAGCAGCAGGCCAUGCACUUAUGCUUUGAGAACUUGAUGGAGGGAAUAGAGCGAAACCUUCUAACAAAGAAUCGAGACAGGUUCACACAGAACCUGUCCGUGUUCAGGAGGGAAGUCAACGACAGCAUGAAGAACUCGACGUACGGCGUCAACAGCAACGACAUGAUGAGCUGACAUUCCACACGGCAGAGCCUCACCCAGCCGCAGAGCGGGCGCCCCCCCUGCCCCCCACCCUGCAUCCUCCUCCCCCCCACUCCCCUCAGCCUCCUCCCUGGGCCGGGAUGCCUAAGGGAACAUCUGCUCACCCCAACAC